UUCCAGAGGCCCACGGGGGACGCGGGAGGGGCAGCGUGGACUGCCCGAGCUCUGGGACGGAUCCUCCCUGCCCGAGGCCCUGACACGCUGGCCUUUCCUGCCGGUUCCCCAGGGCCGAGGCCUGAGGACGGCUUUCUCCUUGGGCUCCUUAUCGGCCCAUCGGCCCAUUUAGGUAAUGACACUUCCUGCCCGUCAGUCGUGGCCGAAAUGAAGUCAGCUCCCUGUGUAUCUGGCCAGAAGCUUGCAGAAGACUUCCUAUUUGGGGAAUAAACCAGAGCUCAGCCUCUGGAGCAUUCAGGAAGUGGAGAGCCCCGUUUCUGCUGCAGCUGGCGAGGGAACAAACAGGGGGGGCCCACGUACGAGCGGGGCCUUCCCGGGGUGGAGGCUGGUCGGCCCGGCCCCGAGUGCUGACAUCCUGGCCCCACAGGACCUGCCCACAGGAAACGGGGAGCUCGGGCCUGUGCUUUCCUAGGGGACUGGUUGGGGAGCCUGGCCGUGGCAAAGGCUCCCCCCCCCGCCGUCCCGGACUCUGCAAGUCUGCCGGACGCUCCCCUGCCGCAGGCCAAGUGUCCCCAAGGCCCCCACGGGUGGACCCCAUCCCCUGCCCUCCCCGACUCCCCUCCUGCUGGGUCAGGGUCACCUCCCACAUAAACUGGAAUCUGGUCUCAGCAUCUGCUUCGGCCCCGGCCGCCUCCUGCUCUUGUCUCGUCACCCCCUCUUGUCUUCUCGGGGUCCUCUUACUCCUCCCGCCUCUCUCCACCCCUCAAGCAUCAUAGUCUAGGGCAGAUGGUGGGCCUGCCUCUUGGUCAAGCCCCUGCUUGUUCUCUGAUCUGGAGCCGGGGGGCAGGGGAGGAAGGCAGGGCUGGACAGGCAGACGUGGGAGCAAGCCUGGGUGCUCACUGCACGGGCCGCAGAGCCGGUGCAGCCCGGGGCCUGGGUCGCGGCUUCCCCGGGACCACCUAACCUGCUGGCCACGUGAAGCCCUCCUUACAUAAGUGGCAGUGAAGACACACGAAAAGCCCCGGGCAAGUCAAAACAACCGUGAAUGGGCGGGGAAGCCAGAUGGACAAACACCGGGAAAGUGCCCCGUCCCAGCCAGACUCCCCGCUGCCCCACUCCUGCCUCAAGAGGCAUCUCCAACCACCCCCGUCGAGGACAUCUCCAUGGCUUACCUGAUGAGGGUCUCUGCAGAGCAUCACCCAGACUCCCCUUUGUCCCCCAACGUCUCUGGACGGGGGCGGAGUCUGCCCCCACCAGUGCUGGUGGCUGGGGAGGGAAUGCAGAGGGGCCCAGGGCUGUUCUGAGUCUCAGAGGAGGUGGAAGGGACCGGAAGCCCCGGAACCCUAGGGGCUUAAUCCAGGCUGUAACUGCCCCCCCACAGCCCCCCAGGCCUCCUGCAGGCGGCCCGCCUCCAGUGCCUCCAGCCCACCUGUCCCCCGGCGCCUGCAGGGACCCCGGGGAGCACCCGCCCAGCCCUGUGGUUCCCCGGGAGCCCAGAGAAGAGGGUGGUCUACUUAUUCUCAGUUCUCCUGAGGGGCCUGCCCCGUUUCUCUUCCCGCCUGCACCCAAACCGUGCUCCCUGGGGGCAGGCUGGGUGCUCCCGUGGCCCCCAGGCCCCCACCGUCCAGCUCCCUGGGGCACAGCCCCCAGACAGGUGGAGGUUUGCGGUUUAUCUGCGCCAGCCACGCCCUGCCCUCAGCUGCUACGUGUCCCCGUGAGCCCGUCUCCCGCUGCCAGUCCUGGGGAGCUCAGUGGGGUGCGGAGCACAUGCCCCAUCGGCUUCACACUGUCCCUUUGGAGAACAGGUGGUGCCCACGGGUCACCCAGCCCCCGCUUGCCCUGCGGUCACAGCCUGAGGGUGGGUGGUGCCCAGGCCUGGCCUCAGGCGUGUGUGGACCCCUUCCCACCCCACCAGCAGGAGCCUCCCCACCCCAGCUUCCCUCUGCGGCUGGAAGGGGGUCUGGAUGUCUCACCCUCAGCAAACGGCCAGACGAGGAAUGUUGUCGGCACGGAGCUAAACAUGAUUCAGGAUGGAAAGUGGAGGCUCUGUGACAUCCAGCUCCGUGGUGGGAACCCACUCUUGUCCCCACCACAGUGUGGGGGCACUGACCCCCAGGAUGCUGCUUCCCUGGCAGGGGGAUGGGAGGGAACCCGUCUGGGGGUGGUGGGGCUCCCCCCGGGGCAGUGGCCAGAGACCCACCAGCCGGCCCCUGAGCAGCACCCCCACCAGGUUCCCCGGGUCCCGGAAGCCCGCCGUGAGCCUAGUUCAGGAUUAAAGCUGGGCUUGCUGUGCAUGUCCUGGUGCCACGGUCACUGUUCUAGAACAUACCCGCCUUGAGCUGUCCCCCCCGGUUCCCGCCAUCAUGUUCCUCCCGGCAACGUGAUCGCGGAUUUGCCGAGGCGUGGUUUUCCGACAGACAUGGGCCGUUUGUUACGUGCUCUCGAUGCAACUGGGCUGACUCACAUUUCACUCCUGCUGUUCGUGGCCUCUGGCUUCGUCCCGCUGUCCCCUUUCCCUGCUCCCACCUCAGUACUUUGUCACGUUGCAUUUUAACUUCGCUCUUGGCUGUUGGGCUUCACCGCUGUGUGUUUAUUGCAGCGGUUGCUGGGAGAGCGUCAUCUUCUGCCCCGACCUCGCACGCUCUGCGUAGUUUCUGUUUUGGCUUCUCAGACGGAGCACAGGAGCCCCCGACCACAUCACCCUUCUUUGGAGAUGCUGUCCCACUGUCUUCUGCCCCUGUGUUGUCUUAAAAAAUG